GACAACGUAGGGUGGCUGUGACCUCACUGGUGCUGCUCUGACCAUACUGGCACCGGUGUGAUCCUACUGGUGGCGAUGCUGCGACGGACGGCGGGGUUGUGAUCCUGUAUAGCGGUGUUGGAUACUUUGUGUGAUCCUGUUAAUGGUGUUCUGAUCCUAUGAGUUGUGUUGUCAUCUUAGUAAUGGUGUUGAAAGCUUUGGGAUUCUACAGACGCCGGAGUUGUGAUCCUAUACAGGUGGUGUUGAAAGCAUAAUGAUCCUAUUUGUGGUGCUGUGAUUCUACGAGUGGGUCAGGAAGCUUUUUGAAUCCUACUUGUGGAGGUGCUGGCGUGACUAGUGGUAUUGUGAUCCUAUACAAGUGGUUUUGAAUGCUCUGUGAUAUUGAUAGUGCCCAUUGUGUUGAGACCGCUGAUGGUGUUGUGAUCCUACUAGUGGCAUUGAAAACUCACUGAUGUCUACUAGUGGUGUUGGAUGCUUUGUGGACCUACUCGUGGCGAUGCUAUGAUGUUUUGAGACCUUACUAGUGUGGCGCUGUGGCUGUUAACGGUGAUGUGCCCUUACAAGUGAUGAUACUGUGACUUCUAAUGGUGUUGUCAGUCUACUUUUGGUGUUGUGAAGAUAAUGGAUCAGCCGUAACUCAGCUGGUGGUGAUGGUGAUGCUGUGACAGACUGUGGAGAUGCUGUCUGUAUACGUGUUGAGCUUUGGUUCGAAACAAUUCACUCACCUCACGUCGCUGCUUUUUUUUUACACGAGCAUAAGGAAGGAGGUUGAGAUUCGGUUUUCCUGGAGGUGUGAUGGUUAGCAAAAGACAUAUAUGGAAACAGAAUAGCAGUUGGUUAAGUAGAAAACGAAGUCUGAGUUGGUGUUUAUACGGGUCGAGCUUUGGUUCGGAACAGUGACACCCACUCUUCGACGCUGCUGGUGGUGGUGGGCGGUGUUGAACCUCUCCCCCUCGGCCCUUCCUACGCCCUCCUGUUGUCUGGCUGACGUCGCGUGUGAUGAAAAUCUACCAAGACAUCUGGCCUCGGGGAGCCGCGGUGGCCGGGCCGAGCAUGGCGUCCGCCGAGACUGGUGGCCUGCACGCGUACACACAGCUGAAGCAGAUGACGAGUGAUGUGGGACGCGAGACUUCUUCGGCCGCGGCGGAGAGGGAGGACAGGGGCACCGCGGAAGCCAUCGGGGCCGCGGCGGACGAGGCACGAGUCGCAGGAGGAGGAGGCGGAGGAGGAGAAGAAGAACGAAGAAUAAAAGGCAGCAACAGACAAGACUCAAAGGAGAACGAGAGAAGACUAAUCGCGGGAGGAAGUGAAGGAGGUGGAAGAGGAGGAGGAGGAGGAGGAGGAGGAGGAGGAGGACCAGCAGGAGGAGGAGGAGGAGGAGGAAGGUCAGGAGGCAGGAGAGGCGUCAGCGGGAAUGGCCACGGCGGGAUAAGGAACCUGCGGCCUCACUCCACGCCGGCGACGCUGCUGUGGCUGGAGGAGAACUAUGAGAUGGCGGAGGGCGUCUGCAUCCCGCGCAACACACUCUACCUCCAUUACGUUGACUUCUGCGACAAGAAAUCCCUGCAGCCCGUCAACGCCGCGAGUUUUGGCAAGAUCAUCCGCCAGCAGUUCCCGGGGCUGACCACGCGGCGUCUGGGCACGAGGGGUCAAAGCCGUUAUCACUACUACGGCAUCGCUAUCCGGGAGGGCUCCAUAUACUACGAGGUUCACUACAGCAGGAAGGGCAACACCAGUAAUGACAUCAAGAAGGAGACGGAUAAGCAGGUGGCGCUGUUCCCGGGCCGAGGCAAGCUGUCCACGGUCCUGCCCGAGUUCCCAUCGCUCAAAGACGUCCUGCUGCCUCCCCACGUCGCCCCGGAUAAGGUCGCCACGUUCGUCAUGAUGUACAGGACGCACUGCCAACGCAUCCUCGACACGGUCAUCCGCGCCAGCUUCGACGAGAUCCAGAGCUUCUUGGUGCACUUCUGGCAGGGUAUGCCGCCUCACCUGGUCACCAUCCUCGGCACCAACGUCCUCGUCAACCUGGUGGGCGUGUGUGACUCCAUCCUCUACCGCGCCGUCUGCAGCGUCCUCAUGCCCUCCGUGCUGCAGGCCAUCCCAGACAGCCUCACCCAAGUCAUCCGCAAGUUCACUCACGACCUGGACUCCUGGCUGAGGAUCGCGUUGGAUGACCUGCCCGAAAACCUGCGCCAAGUGAAGAUAGACUUGGCCAGUCGGUUCUCGCGGAUGCUGCGGCGCCAGACCUCGCUCAACCACCUGUGCCAAGCCUCCCGCAUGGUGCUGCACUCCCCCGAGAUCACCCAACAGAUGCUCCAGGACUGGCGCCAGGUGGACCUCGAGGCCAUCUCCCACCAGACUCUCUACUCCAUGGACAAGCACUCCACCAACGGGGUCACGGUCGACCUCAUCAUGAAUUUGUACAACGAGUUUGAGCGGCUCCUGGAGGAGGGAGCGCCCCUGGAAGCGUACAGCGAGUGGCUGGAGGCCAUGGUGGAGCGCUGCGUGCUGCUCGGCGCCCGCAAGAGCAAGGCGCCCGUGCACAAGGUGGCCCACGCCUUCCUCCUCACCUGGUCCUGCUUCGGCACGCGCGUCAUCAGGGACAUGACGCUUCACUCUGCCCCGAGCUUCGGGUCGUUCCACCUGCUCCACCUGAUGUUCGACGACUACGUGCUGUACCUGGUGGAGUCCCUGCACGCCGAGGAGAAGGCGCGGGAGCUGCUCAACAACAUCUCCACCGACUCGCCGCCAGACUGCUCCGACCCUGGCUUUGGCGAUCCUGACAGCGAGGACAGCGUGCACGCCCUCUCCUUCCUUAUGGGCGGCGUAGGCGGCUCCUCGGGCGGGGGGCUGACGGGGCUCACCUCACCCAACACCCCCGGCGUCUCCCCCAACCCCCACCCCACCCACGACCUCCACCUCUCGCCCACCCCCACCACCGUCAUUGGUCUCGACGGCAGCUUGGUCGAGGAUGACGGCAGUCUGGACUACAUGUCAGGGCUUUCAAACUCGUCCAGCGGGGGACUCAACGCACAGGGCGCCCCGGCCACACCCAACACCACCUCCGCCGCCGCCUCCGUCGCUGCCACGUCCCUCGUCACCGGCGGCGGCGGAGGUGGUGGCGGGGCUGGCGGCGGGGGAGGAGGAGGGAGCGGGGGUUCAACAGCCGACUAUUAUGGUUACGACUACGACUCCCGCACCUACCGCCUUCCGUCCACGCUGGUCGGAAGGAACUACCUGUACCCGCCCACUUCCGUCCCGCUCAACCAGUACUACCAAGGCGGGGGUGUGGGUGGCGACAUCAGCGGGCCGGAGGACAGACUCGGAGGCGGCGGCGGCGGGGGUGGGGUGCUGCACGGCGGGGGCGGCGGCGCUGGUGGGGGAGGCAUCGCGGGCGGGGCGGCGGACCACCUGGGUUACAGCAGCCUAAGGGGCACUGACACCUACGUGGACUGCUCCGGCGUGUACUGUCCCGACCAGUCCCUCCUCUACCCCUCCAACUACUACCAGGGCUACGACGCCUCCUACUACAGCACCAGGUUCAAGACUAAGGACGUGGAGGGAUAAUAGUGGGCCGUUACUUUGUCGGGCACGCAGCCACCACGCAAGGGAGCAGUGAGGGGAGCAACAGUGGCGUUCCAGCCCAGCGCGGUGCUAAGUGCAGUGGUCAUGGCUCGCGUUAUCCCCGUGGUCCCGCUAAGCAGUUGUGGCGAUGCAAAGAUACCGAUGACAGUUGACGAAAGAAGUCAUUACUGGACAGGUGUAUCUAUGUGACGAAAUGCAUCAAACUAGUUUUACCUAACAGUGUGAAUAUGAGAAACUGUUGUGUUGACGGUGGCAGUCCCUCGAGGCCCCCAGAGGUGGGCCGUGCAGAGCAAGGCUGACGGCGCCGGUCUUGUGUGUUCUGUAGGCAAGAACGUGUACGUAAGUAUCUGCUGUUGAGAUAGAUAGCCAGUGAUGUCGAUGAAGCACACUAAUUAUAUAUAUAUUAUAUUACAUGUAACUAUUGAUAAGGACUACUUAAUAACCCAUAGAGAAUUGAUAUCUGUAUUUUCGAUGAGUUUCUUUUUAAACAUCAAAUCAAAGUUUACAACAGAGACUGAGCUAGUAAGAGUGCCCAGCAUGAGCCUUGUGGCGGGUCUGUGGCGGGCGUGCUACCUCGAACAGAAGUAAUGACAAGUGUUGUGGUCCCUGAAUUACAAGGCCGGGCGGAACCCCAGUCACUCCUGGCCACUGGUGAACCUGUUGAGUCUACUACAUGUGUGCAGUCGGGUGAACACACACACACACACACACACACACACACACACACACACACACACACACACACACACAUACAGAGGCCGGAGCACGUCGUAUGGACAAGCAAAAGUCUUCAGUAUCGCUCCAAAGAACAGUACACUUUAAUAUGUAUUUUAAUCUUCAACAAUUCCAGGCCCUGCGAUGUCCUAAACCCACGACGGUUGAAUGUAAUGUCACUGUGUGGAAAUAAAAGGUUCAUGCCAGCGAAAGAAUUGCUAGUCAGAUUUCUAGUCGAGAGAGAGAGAGAGAGAGAGAGAGAGAGAGAGAGAGAGAGAGAGAGAGAGAACAGGCACCCAGCAAAACGAUUACUGUACGCCACAAAAUGCAGAAGACACCCAUACAUUCGGAUUUGCUCUGAAAACCCAACCAAAAAUAGUACAUGUAAAAAAAUAGUGUAUCUAACAA